AAAAAUAGGAGAGCAAAGAGAGUGUAUUUUGCUCUCUGAAAAGUAAAGCUCUCCCCUUGCAAGGUUUGCUCUGUUCUCUGUCUCUAAAAAAAGAAAAACAAAAACGAAACGCCAGUUUCUCACUGCUGCUCUGCUCUCCAGUUCCCACUCUCUCCAUGAAGGGACUUCACCGUUCUCUUUAUCCUCUUUAAAACUUCCCCUUAAUCCCACCCUUAUCUCCUCUGUUUCUUUCUUCAUCGCCAUAUCAAGGAAGGAAACCUUUUUUCUUUUUUAAAGAAGAGGAAAGACCCCGAAUAGAAAUGGAGAAAAAGCAAAGUUUCUUCUCAGCUCUCAAAGAAGAAGUAGUUCGUGGGCUUUCCCCUUCCCGCUCUCGGCCCAACAGCCCUGCAAGAGCACGUUCACCCAUGGCUAGUCUGUUACGCAGAAAGAAGAGCAACCACAACAACUACGGAGGCGCUUACGUGGCGCAACCGGAGCCAUUGAUCGUGAGAUCCGGGAGUCUGAGGCCAGUCGGAGAGGCGUUAGCGCCACUCAUGGAAGGUCCCGAUCCGGACGGGGGAGAAGUUGGGGAUUCAAAACGGGUCGGGUCGGGGCUGGGACAAUGGGUUAAAGGACAGUUAUCGAGGACUCCAUCCGUGGCUUCGAUGAGUUACAAAAGGUCUGAUCUAAGGCUCUUGCUUGGGGUCAUGGGUGCGCCUCUGGCUCCAGUUCAUGUUAGCUCUAAUGACCCUUUGCCUCACUUGAGUAUCAAAGACACUCCGAUUGAAACUUCCUCUGCUCAGUACAUAUUGCAGCAGUAUACAGCUGCUUCUGGUGGGCAGAAGCUUCAAAACUCCAUUCGGAAUGCGUAUGCAAUGGGAAAGCUCAAAAUGGUAGCUUCAGAAUAUGAAACUGCCACAAGGACUGUUAAGAACCGUAAUGGCUCUAGAGGUGCAGAGUCUGGUGGGUUUGUACUCUGGCAAAUGAAUCCGGACAUGUGGUAUGUUGAACUUGCAGUUGGGGGCAGCAAGGUUCAUGCUGGCUGUAAUGGGAAGCUUGUCUGGAGGCACACACCUUGGCUUGGUGCGCAUACUGCAAAGGGGCCUGUUAGACCCUUGCGUCGUGCACUUCAGGGUCUUGAUCCAAGAACUACAGCUAGUAUGUUUGCUGAUGCAAGAUGCAUAGGAGAGAAAAAGAUUAAUGGUGAGGAUUGCUUCAUCCUCAAGCUUUGUACUGAUCCUCAGACACUGAAGGCAAGGAGUGAAGGCCCUGCAGAGAUCAUUAGGCAUGUUCUAUUCGGCUACUUUAGUCAGAAGACUGGACUUCUUGUUCACAUGGAAGAUUCACAUCUGACUCGCAUCCAAUCUAAUGGUGGUGAUGCCGUUUAUUGGGAAACCACAAUCAAUUCAUAUCUUGAUGAUUACCGGCCUGUUGAAGGCAUCAUGAUAGCACAUUCGGGGCGUUCUAUUGUGACUCUUUUCAGGUUUGGGGAAGUUGCAAUGAGCCAUACAAAAACAAAGAUGGAAGAGGCUUGGACGAUUGAAGAGGUUGCAUUUAACAUACCAGGCCUUUCUGUUGAUUGUUUUAUCCCUCCAGGUGAUUUGAGAUCUGGAUCCAUCAGUGAAACCUGUGAACUUCCUCAGGAUGAAAGGGAGAAGGGAGCAAUUGCUUUAGCAGCACAUCGUGCCAAAGUCGCAGCCCUAGAAAAAGCACAGGAUGGCGGUGCUGACAGCAUGGUUUGGAGGAUGCAAGUCUGAUGAAGUGGAGAAUCACAUCUUGGCAAUUGUUCAUAUUGGUAGCUAGUGCAGUGGACUAACCCAUUAGAAGUUACAAGGUAGAAGUCAUUUUUUGGACUUUGGUUUAUGCCUCUAUUAAUCUGUACAUAGAGCAUAAUCAUUCAAAGGUUCCAACAGACCUGUAUGAAUUUUUAUACUCUCAAUGCAGAAUCCAACUAUGGAGUUGGAGCUCAGUUUUCCAGUUAGGGAUUAGAGCUAAUGGAGGUUAAUUUUAGGUUACCUUCCUUGCUUGAGGGUAGGUGGUAAAGGCGUAAAGCUGUCCCAUUAACCUUUUUAUAGUUUUACUAACUCUAGUGGUUAAUGAAAUAUAAUGUCGCAGUAUGAAGGAUACUGCUGCUGAUCAGCAUGAGUUUGACAGUAAUGUCUAGUUUCUAAUGUUACUGUUUCUGGAUUUGUGAUUCCUUGUGUGAUUGUUUAACUUUAAAACUUGUUUUUGGGUUUGGGAAGGAAAAGAGAUUUUGCUGGAUAGAUGGUGAUUAAAAGGCAUGGUAAAUGAGAUGGAACUAACUAUUUUCCUUACCUGCUGUAACAAAAUUGUGUUAAUGACCUGAGUUCUGGUUGGGUGUAUGUUUGCAUUUGUCCAGUGCUGCUUAAAGCAAAUGUAAUCAGAAAAUAUCAUGUUCAUCAUUUAUUUAAUGCUCAUAACGAGUAUCGAGAUCCGUGUGUUUCCUUCUUUUCA